AUGACGUUGUUACGUUCCAAUGACAUGCUGACCCGCGUCUGGGCAUUGAAUCUUGUGAUAGAUGGCACACCCUUUGAGUGCUACGGAGCGCACACCGACUCCUAUCCCUGCUGCUACCUGACUGCUGCCUGCGCCAUUGGUGCCACUCGCAAAGAGAUGGAUGCCUUCGUGGAGCGACUGGAGUCUGCAGUGCAGGAGUACAAGAAUGGCGCCGGAAGGAAAGACAAAAAGGGAAAGCCAACCCUGGGAAGCUGA